AUGGAGCACCUUGAUGCCCCCACGUUUGACCACCUGCUGAGCUUCUUGACGCCAAAGGACGCCUGCAAGCUGGCCGUGCAGUCAAAAGGGCUGUACGAAGCGGUGGGUGACAGCCUGCACUGGAAGACGUGGUGUGAAGAAGAUAGUCCCUCUCUCAAGACUUCCCCUGCAAGGGAGCUCGCGGCCGCGCACUACGGGGCCGCGGCCUGCGCGCGCGCCACUUACAAGCAGCCCUUUUUAAAGCUAUCGAAGAGGCGCUCAGGGCUAAAGAACACCAAGGCGCGAAGCUGCAGCUGCAAUGAUGAGACGCCCUUGGAGCUCUCGGCUUACGUCAUGCUGAUGGACGUGUAUGUGGGGGGUAGAGGCCUCCUGUUUUGUUCAACAGAGUGCACGGUUUCUGACUUUGGUCGCCAGCGUGAAGGCUGGAUGUCGCCUUGGCAACUCACCGUGAGGAAUGUCUGCAAGGAAGAUAAGAACGGAACGCUUGCAACGGAAGCGGAACGCGAGCUGAGCUCUGCCUUACAGCAGAUUCCAAGUGGCAAUCCUGACGGGGUGCCCGAGGGGCCGCACUGGCUCCCGUCUCAGAACUUGCCGCUGUACGAGCAAGGAAACGUUCUGUUCUCCUGGAAGCUCAUGCGCAAGACGGAUGGAAAGAUUCAGAUCCUGCUAGACCGGAAGCCCGUCCGAUCCCGGAAAGACUUUGGCUUUCGCCGGACUAAUGCUCAUGAGCCCAUGGCGUGCGAGAGCAGCUUCGAAACCGCCAACGUUCUGCGUGACGGAAGCGGAACGGAAUGGACGACCUUUCAGGCGCUGAUGCGUUUGUGCUGCCGUCAGACCGUGACGGACGAAAGGGCACUGGAGCUGCGGCCCGGGAGGAACUUGAGAGUUGCUGACGAUCCCCAUGCUCUGACAGGAUUUUACGUGGUUUUGGGGAUAGCACGAAAGUUGGAAGCCCUGGACGCGCCACUUUUGGACCAUCUGCUGAGCUUCCUUACACCGAACGAAGCGUGCAAGCUGGCAGUCUGUUCCAAAACGCUCAAGGGGCUGAUCGACACAAGCCUGCUUUGGAAGACCUGGUGCGAGCGUGAGUGCCCCUCGCUUACGACUUCCCCAGCUCGGGAGCUUGUGCGCGCGCACUAUGGCGCAGAAGGUGACGUCAGACACAAACAGCUUUACGCAAAGCUGGGGAAGCAGCGGUGCGACAAGAUUGUUUCCAACGCAAGCGAAUGCAUCUCCAAAAGUAAGAAAAAGGAGGUGGAGCUGUCGGAUUACGUCAUGCUGAUGGACGUGCACGUCGGAGGGGAGGGCCUCCUGUUCUGCUCAGCGGAGGGCAGCGAAAUGGAUCCGAAUUUCCAAGGCCGCCAGGAAGACUGGGAGUUUGAGAAUCACGGAGAUCGCAACUGCAUGGCGGUUGUAACCGGGAUGCUGGAACCGGGAGCUCAGGAGCGCAUCGUUUCCGCUUUCCAGGAGGUCGGUAGGAACCACCAUGAUAAGGGGUAUCGUUCAGAGGCCCCGGCGCGGCUGAGCCUGCUCGAACAGGACGUAAUCCUGUUUUCAUGGAGGCUCAUGCGCAAGGCAGACGGGGCGAUGCAGGUUCUGCUUGACCAAGAGCCGGUGACUGUGAAGGAUCAGGGCGCACAACCUUACCAUAUGUGCAUGGAGGAGGUUCAUAAGCCCGGGGUCCCCUAUCAUCUGCGUUUGGAAGCCAAAAGGGCCGUGUCGGAUGGAGAGGGGGUAGAGUGGGACCACUUUCAGACUUUGAUGCGCAUGAGAUGUUACUUCAAGAACCCCCACGGGGAUGGAAGCGUAGGUUUCACGACAAGAAUGGCUGCCCUGAGGGCUUGGGAUCCGCCUGCUGCGGAGUCGCGGGGGUUCUCGGUGGAAGUGGGGAUUGUCACAUACUGCGGCGGACAUCCUGACGAUGAGUACCUUAUUUGGCAGUACGUGGAGGACUUUGACUUCAGGUUUCUGCUCAAGAAUGUCCUUCGAAGGUGGUUCUGA